UGCGGAGCCACAGGGGUCUGAAGCACCAGGUCCUCUGGAGCUCACCUUGGUUUGCGUUGGAGCAAGCGGGCAGUGGCAGGAUGUGUGAUCACCUUUGUUUCCAGGAGAGAGGGACACAGACUGCACCUUCUUCAAUAAGAAGGACAUCCUCAAGCUACACGCACGGUUCUACGAGCUGGCUCCCAACCUGGUACCCAUGGACUACAGGAAGAGCCCCAUUGUCCAUGUGCCCAUGAGCCUAAUCAUCCAGAUGCCGGAGCUCCGGGAGAACCCCUUCAAGGAGAGGAUCGUGGAGGCCUUCUCUGAGGAUGGUGAGGGGAACCUCACCUUCAACGACUUUGUGGACAUGUUCUCUGUGCUCUGUGAGUCAGCUCCCCGGGAGCUGAAGGCCAACUACGCUUUCAAGAUCUACGACUUCAACACUGACAAUUUCAUCUGCAAGGAGGAUCUGGAGCUGACACUGGCCCGACUCACCAAGUCAGAGCUGGAUGAAGAUGAGGUGGUGCUGGUGUGUGACAAGGUCAUCGAGGAGGCUGACCUGGAUGGCGAUGGCAAACUGGGCUUUGCAGACUUUGAGGACAUGAUCGCCAAGGCCCCCGACUUCCUCAGCACUUUCCACAUCCGGAUCUGAGGGCUCUAGAGGGCCUGGAAGCCCACCAUCCUCAACACUGUCUGCAGGGCUGCGGCCCCGGCUGCCCAGGAGAGGAGCUGUCGCCCUGGGUUUACACCACCAACAGCAAAAAACAACCUAACCAGGGAAGAGGGUAUGAGGUGGUCCAGCCCCAGGCCCAUGGUCCCUCUGUGGGUCCUCUGUCUCCCUGGGAGGGAAAGGCAGGAAACCUAAGGGGAGGUGGUGGGGUCCCACUUGUCUAUGUGCUAGGCAGAUACCCCAGUUGUCCGGUAACAAGCAGGAAAAAAAAAAGAGGUCAGGGUUUUAAGCUAUGCAAUUUACCUCCCAAAUGCCAGGCUGCACCCCGCUGCCACCCUUCCCAAGGCAAAGGGGUGUGAGCAGUGGUCUAAAGGGCUCCAUCCUUGUCUGCCUGGUUUGUGAGCUCCACCCAGGCCGCCUUCUCUAGUGGUGUGGAAUUUGGCUGAUGUGGGCUGACCACAGAUUUGUGAACUCCUGUAGUAAACACUGUCCUUCAUUCUGUGUCUGCUGGUGUUAGGGGAUAAUCCGAGGCACCUGUUUCUGGCUGCUGGGAUCCUCCAUGGACACGGCGCUCUGGUGCAAAGUGAAGCACGGCCUCCCCUCUCCAGGCACUGCCUUUGGUUUCAGCACAGUGCUCUGGGGGGAGACACCUUUCUCGAUCCUCCCACCCUCAGGAGAUAGGGGCUGUCAUGUCCCUGCUUUUCAGAGGGAGAAGUUGUAUAGCCAGGCCGCCCAGAUGUGCUUCAAGUCACGUGUGCCCAGGGUCAGGCAGGAGGGAAGGUUCCUAUGGUCUUCUGUCUGGAGAGGUCAGUCCUGGUCACUACUCCCAGUGGUCACCUUUAUGGAGGUGGGGCAUGUGGGCAAGGGGGAUGAGGAACAAAACAGGAAGGAUCCCAGGCAGAGCCAGCCUGGCCUGAAGGAGUAAGAGACCUGAGCCGUGUCUAGAGCUGUGCCAGUCUUCGGCUCUGUGGGGCAAGGCCACAGGGUGAAGGCCACAAAUCAGACUGGCUAGAUGCAGAGGUCAGGCCCAGGUGGCCUGAUCACACAGGGAUGGCACCCAGCACUCCCUGGCUGGCUGCACAUGCCACCAGCCACUAUGUCCCAGAUUAACCCCAGCAUGAGCAGCCUUUCUAGAGGGCAUUUGCUUAGCAAUGUGGCCCCAAUCUACUGCCCCUCCACCAGAGGCCUUGGUUUCUCCUUUGUAGCACAAAGGAUUUGGGCUGGGAACAUCAGGAUUUGCCUAGCUGUGUCUGAGGCUGGGAUGAGGAAAGCCAGGAGGAGCUGUGGGUGGCUGAGGAGGCCCUGACCCAUUUUAAGGUCAAACUGUGGCUUUGAGGCCAGGCCUUGCUGUCACAUCCCUGUGGCAGGAGAAAGAAGGCAGCUCCUUCCCCUCUUCCUUUCUGCUGUUGGACCUUAAGCCAGAAAGCUGCACAAUGUCCCCUGUCCAUUAGGAAAGUAUCUGUGGCAGCCCAGGUCUGUCACACUCCAGUGAGCUCCGAGCCUGUCCUGGUACACUCCUCUGGGAAGUGGGACGCUGACCCCUGCCCAUGGCCGGUCCUUGCUCUGUGGCCUUUUUCCUCCUCUGCGUGGUUGGCAGGUGCUGGGGAGCAAGACAUACAGGCACACAGGCUGAGGAAGGUCCCUCUGGGCAAGCAACCAGGCUGCAUCUCAGAGCCUGGUCCACAGUGGUUGGUUGGGUUAAGGAUUCCAGGGCGCCUUCCAGUGAGUGGAGAGCUUCAGUUGAUCCCAACACAGUACAGGGACCAGGGAACCCUGGGGCUAGACCCUCUUCAGAACCUGUGCUUCUUGUCUGCAAAGAAGAGCUUCCGGAGCUUGUCAGGCUGCAGGGAGGGAGAAACAUGGGGUUAGGGGGUCUGGGCACUGGCCUGGCAUGGGGCGCAUGCCCGGGGAAAUGAGGUGUAGCUGGAAUAUUCCUGGCUCCUCUCUCAUGCCUCUCCCAGUGCAUGAAACUACCUUACAUGCCAGUUUAGCAGGAAGGAUUCACACUUAUCUGACCACGGAAGGGAUGGGAAGGAAGAGUAUGAGAAGAAAAAGCCUGUAAUUCCAGCACUCAGGAGACUGAGGCAAGAGGAUCACUGCAAAUUUGAAGGUCAGCC